ACUACACAAGAAUCCGUGGAAUUGACAGCUCCGUCUCUCGAAAAGAACAUUCGAUCGGUGAUUUAGCAAAGGUAAACAGGAUUUUCGCGUUUGAGGUGUCUGUUGCUGAAAGCUAUUUUAUCAAAGCUUGACAAUGCAUGCUAGAAAUGCCACAGUGAAGAAGGUUGACAAGACCUUACGAGCAUUGAGCUCUGUCACUCUGUCAGUCAAUCCGAAUCAUGUAAAACUCAAACCAGGCACUGCUUCACCUGCAAGUGGCACUGAUGAGAGUGACGAUUCAGAUGGAUGGGAAACUGAUUUAGAGUGCGAAGAGCUGAAGCCACAGUAUGAUCCAACAGGGCGAACCCUAUACCAGCGUGCUUGUCAGAAACUUGGUAUUGUUCCUGCCUCCUUCUUUAUGCGGCACAUGACAGAGCCAACAGUUACCAUGUCACACCAUGGACUUGGUCCAUUAGGCAUCCGAGCAAUGGCAUUGGCUCUUUUAUACAAUACAAGAGUCACAAGUCUGAAUAUCAGAGACAAUGGUAUUGGAGAAGAGGGAGGUGAGAUUGUGGCAAAACUGCUGAGAGAAAACUAUUUUAUAGUGGAGUUAGACAUGUCUGAAAAUCAGCUUGGUAGAGGGGCAAUUGCAGAGAUGGCAGAAACUCUUAAGGAGAAUAAUACACUAACAAAACUUGGACUUGCAGGAAAUACCCUUGACGAUAAAGAUGCUGAGGUAAUAUGCCAAUCAUUGCUGGUAAACAAUACCCUCAGCCACCUGGAUCUAAGCUGUAAUAAAUUCUCUAACAAAGCUUGUGAGUUUUUUGCAAAAGUUCUUGAUGAGAACAUUACAUUAUCAGAUCUUGAUCUUAGCUGGAAUCACAUACAAGUCAAAGGUGGACUGGCUCUAGCCAAAGGACUGAGAGGAAAUGUGAAGCUCAAAAGCCUGAACCUGGCAUGGAAUGGUUUAGCAGAUGAUGCAGCACGAUCAUUAGCAGGGGCUCUGCUUGAGAAUGGUACCCUACAAUUCUUGGAUUUAAGCAGCAAUAGGAUUUCAGACACAGGUGCUUUCAGCAUUGCUAGAUGUCUGGAGAGCAAUUCUUCACUAGAAGUUCUACGGCUGUCAAAAAAUAACCUUAAAAACAACGGGGCUAGCGCUCUUCUGAAUUCCAUUAUAAAAAAUGGAGACAGUAGAAUUCACAAGAUUGAUCUCAUUGGUACACCCCUAAAAGAGGAAUUUCACAUAAUUGCAGAAGAAUCGAGAAAGUUGAGGCAAAUUGAAAUAAUUACAGAUGAGACUCCAGAAUUAAGACACAAACAAGAAGAACCUGACCCAGGGACACUUUUGCGUAACUACAUUGCAAAGGAACAUGUUCAAAUUGUAGACUUGUUUAGAAAGUUGGACCGAGAUGGGAGCAUGCAAGUAAGUGUGAAGGAAUUUGCAGAAGGGCUGCGGAAAUCUCAGGUUGGGUUAACACAGUAUGAGGUGGACAGAAUCAUUGAUGUGCUUGAUGCAGACAAAGAUGGUGAAAUAGACUACAGUGAAUUUGUUUGCAUACAAGGUGAAUGGAAAAAUGAUGAGAAGGGAAAACGAAAAAUUUCAAAACCACCUCAUUAGAACAAAUCUGAUAAUGAAGUUUACUCUCUCAGAUUCUGCUGAAAGUUGAAUUUUAAAGUUUAACUGUUAAACAAUGAGAUCUCAUAAAUCAUACCAAGUAAGGUGGCCAAUAUAUUAAGCCUUUACCUUCCAAGAGACUGCCAUGCAUUUCCUUGUGAUCAGAACUUCAAGAGUUUAGUAUUAUAUUAAGGAAGCUCUUAAAAGCUUGUCUGUUCACAUGACAUGUUUGCAAGAUUAUGCUUUGUAAUCAUGAGAAGUUAACUGUCCAUCAAUUAACUCUUUAACUCCCAAGGUCAGAUUGUUAAUUCUCCCUUCUGGCUGCUACACGUUUCCUUGUAGAUUAGUUACAAGAAUUUUGAGUAAGAUCGAGAUAACAACUUCUACCUUAUAACUUUGAGUAUUCUCAUUACCUGCUUGCUGGAUAAUGUAUGGAUAUUAUGGGGAGAAGUUACAUGUGUAUCACUUCCAGGGGUUAACGGGUUAAUAGAGUAUUCAAGAGCUGUCCCAGAUGCCCAUACUGUUGUUUUUUGCAAAGGCUCAAAUUAUCAUGACCUUACAUCUUAAACCCUUUACACCCUAACAUCAGUAUGCAUACUCUCUAUACUGUUCUCUAUACAUUUCCUAAGGUUCUGACAAGGAGAAUUUGUUUAACAAUCAAGAGUUUCUCACCUUGGUGAUCAUUUCCCUUAUUCAUGUGACCUUAAUAUUUGAUUCAAGGGUGAUAUUUUAACCCUUUAACUCUCAUGAGUGACCAAGACAGAAUUUCUCCUUACAAUAUCAAUACAAUAUUAACCAGAUAAGUGAUGAGAAUAAAGAAAAAUGUCAAUUUGGGGAUAAUUAGUUGAUUCAAUAUUAAAUUCUCUGAACUAACAUUAUGAAAAUUGUAUGGAUGACAGUGAGGAGAAUUAAAAAUUUGAUCUGGGAGUUAAAGGUUAAGGAGAAAUAAGAUGCUAAGUCAUACAUAGAUUUAAUUGAAGAACAGUAUUUAACAUGUUAAUUUCAUUACAAUAUCUGUCAAAAUAUAGAUCUUGACGAUGUGAAUUAUUCCAAAAAUUCCCUCAAUCAGUUUGUUGGUGUACUUUAUUCUAUAAAUUCAAUAAUUUCUUUGAGAGCAAAGAACAACAGUUUUUUUUUUACAAGAAAUUGUUAAUACUCCUACUCCCCAGACUUGCAAACACAACUGAUUGGCAAGAUACAUUUUUUUGGUGGCAGCUCCAAUAAACUUUCUGCUCUAAACAUAAAAGGAAAACAAAUGACGUGUAUGGUGCUUUGUAUUCAUGAACAAGAAAUGUCACUCUAAUAACUUUUGAUAAAUUAUUUACAUUUUUUUUAAAAUGGUCAUUAAAAAUGAGGAUUUUUCUCCAUAAUCCAGUUGACUGUUUCUUCCAGAAGUGCCAACUUGUAAUGCCUGUGAAACAAUAUCAGAAUAAGACCUUAAGUAAAGAAGCCACUAAUUUGAAAGCUUAGCAGUUUUAUGUCUGUGUGAGAUAAAUUGGUUUGGUUAACCUGGUAAUCACACAGUCACAAAGACACAGGCAGUUACAGAGAAAAGUUGACACAGACUACUUUUAUUCACAAGGAAAUUAUCGAGUUCUUAUAAAAUCUGUACAUUGCAUUUUUUCCAGAACCAAAAUAUUGAAUUUGUGUCAAAAAUUAGAUAUUUUGAGGUACAAAAUUGACACAUGAAGCAAUUUGUAAAGAAAUUUUUAUGUAAACAUUUAUAUAAAACCUAAUAUAUCAAGUGAUCUUGUUCUGAAAUAAUCUAGACUAAAGGGUGUAGCCACUCGAUGACUAUUAGUUUUAAAGGACUGAGAAAACAGUUACUCAACAGUUUUGAACAUGUAACUUGUAUAUUAUAUUUCCUCAGAUAAAUUCCCAUGUGCAUGUAUAAAAUUUUGGCUAAAAGGAGUGGCAUUUAAUUUAAUUGAGGGGGCGCUUGUUUGAAAACUCUUCCCCUCUACUGAAUCUACUGCAGUUGAGGCUUAAAAAGUUGAAAAUAAAGUAGCAACAGGAACA